GCAGCUUGACUUCCGAGGAAGCGGAAGCUACAUCUUGUUCACCUGCAUCAUACCCGUCAUUCUGGGAUUCCUCGGAUUAGCGCUCAUCUUCGUCGUGAGCCGUCUUGGAACUGAACCCGCUGCUGCAACACCCGGGAAGCCGUUCCUCAUCUGCCGAAUGCGCAGCAAGGACCUGUGGAACGACGUGGUUCAACCUGCCACCGAGUUCUGCUCCCAUCUCAUCUUGACACCCUGGGGCACAAACAUCCAAGAGCGCGGCUCGGCCGUGGUCAUCUUGCGUAGCGGUCCUUACGGGACGCAGGUAAAGUCUAAUGUGCUGGCCAACGUGUACCAGACGCACGCGCCCGUAGACAGCUCCGGAACUAUACGCGACGCCAUCUUCAUGAACAACUUCAACUACACGGACCCGAAUCAACAAGCAACGGGCCCGGCACUGACCAUGGUGAACAUGCUGAGCCGAGCCAGAAGCGACAGGGCCAAGAACAUCGCCUCCGGAGGUCCCAACGUCACCAACAUCUGCUACAGCGAAAGUCUGAUGGGUAUAAGGGUGGACACGCGGGUGGUGCUUAGGUACUCGGAGAUAUGUGAGACGGUCCAGUGCUGCUCCACAGUGAAACCGCCCCAGCGCAACGACCUGAGCCGUUCCAGGAUCGUGAGCGUCAAGAAAGGCAGCCACUACCUGGUCUCGUACGACGACCCGGCCACGUUGGAGGAGAAGGCGAACGAGAUUGCCGAAAUCACCGAUGGACGGCUCUGCAUCGCGGCCGAUGACGCCGAUGCGGACGACUUUCACGGAAAAUGCGGCGACAAGGCGGCACUCCUCAGCAAAAUGGCCGAACUAGCGCGCAAACGCAACUCGGCCUACAUUCCCUUUGUGUAGAGCACGUGAAAGGGUCGGGCCGUGGUUAAUCCGGCGAAUGUCGCAGCUACUUUCUUAAGCUUUUACCUACAAUUGAACACUGCUAAUCUUUAUAUGUUGUAGUAAUAACUCGCCGCCAAGCGUAUGACGCAAUCGUUUGCUUCGGCGCUCGAUGGAAGACGUUUGUAUAUCAUGCCAGGCAAGACCCAACAAUAACAGGAAUUGUGUUGAAUGUCUUUCGCCAGUGUCGUGCGUUCGAUUUGAUUAACCAGUUCUUUUGCUUGUAGGAAUGCGUAUUGUAUUAUUCUUGUUUGAUUUUUCAGAGUGUGAUUUUUCAGAGUUUUCAGAGAGUUCACGCGGUUGCAGAUGUUCAACACAUCCUCAAUGUAGCCCGUGAAGUUCUCGCCGGGUUGCUGCGCGCGUUGACGCAAGCGCUGCUCAGGCCGAAGCUUGCGAGCCGAUGGCCGACCGAAGGCGUCCGUAACCGAAGUCUUAAAGACGGACCAAGUGGUAAUGUCGCUCUCGCGGCUGUUAUACCACAGCUGGGCGAUGUCCGCAAGGUAGAACUGGACGUAACCAAGCUCCAUUUGGUCGUCCCAUUUGUUGCUGGCACUCACACGUUCGUAUUUCUAGAGCCA